GGAGGAUGUGGCGGGGAUAAAAGCCCCACCCAGGCCAGCCGGCUCCGCUCGGCAACUGGGGACGCUCGCAGCUCUCGGCGCCCGGCCCAGCUUCUUUCAAAAUGUCUACUGUUCAUGAGAUUCUGUGCAAGCUCAGCUUGGAGGGUGACCACUCCACACCCCCAAGUGCGUAUGGGUCCGUCAAAGCCUACACCAACUUUGAUGCCGAGCGGGAUGCUUUGAACAUCGAGACGGCCAUCAAGACCAAAGGUGUGGACGAGGUCACCAUCGUCAACAUCUUGACCAACCGCAGCAACCCACAGAGACAGGACAUCGCCUUCGCCUACCAGAGAAGGACCAAAAAGGAACUGGCAUCAGCACUGAAGUCAGCCUUAUCUGGCCACCUGGAGACGGUGAUUUUGGGCCUCCUGAAGACACCUGCUCAGUAUGAUGCUUCAGAGCUUAAAGCUUCCAUGAAGGGGCUGGGAACUGACGAGGACUCCCUCAUUGAGAUCAUCUGCUCCAGGACCAACCAGGAGCUGCAGGAGAUUAACAGAGUCUACAAGGAAAUGUACAAGACUGACCUGGAGAAGGACAUUGUUUCUGACACAUCUGGAGACUUCCGCAAGCUGAUGGUUGCCCUGGCAAAGGGUAGAAGAGCAGAGGAUGGCUCAGUCAUUGAUUAUGAGCUGAUUGACCAAGAUGCCCGGGAUCUCUAUGAUGCUGGGGUGAAGAGGAAAGGAACCGAUGUUCCCAAGUGGAUCAGCAUCAUGACGGAGCGGAGCGUGUGCCACCUCCAGAAAGUAUUUGAUAGGUAUAAGAGCUACAGCCCUUACGACAUGCUGGAGAGCAUCAAGAAGGAGGUCAAGGGAGACCUGGAGAAUGCGUUCCUGAACUUGGUCCAGUGCAUUCAGAACAAGCCCCUGUACUUUGCUGAUCGGCUGUAUGACUCCAUGAAGGGCAAGGGUACUCGCGAUAAGGUCCUGAUUAGAAUCAUGGUCUCCCGCAGUGAAGUGGACAUGUUGAAAAUCAGGUCUGAGUUCAAGAGAAAGUACGGCAAGUCCCUGUACUACUACAUCCAGCAAGACACUAAGGGUGACUACCAGAAAGCGCUGCUGUACCUGUGCGGGGGAGAUGACUGAAGCCCGGCCCGGCACCAGCGUCCAGGAACGCACUCCCUGUGCUUCCAGCUAACAGGCCUAGAAAACCAGCUUGCGCCUAACAGCCCCGUGGCCAUCCCUGUGCGGAUGAAGUCAGCAUUGCCCCAGCCUCCUUCUAGCUCCCGAGCUCCGCCUGGCUUUCCUGUCUAGUCUCUCCUUUAAGCCAAAGAAAUGAACAUUCCAAGGAGUGGGAAGUGAAGUCUCAGAUGUGAAACACUCUGCCUCUUGUGUCCUGUGUCCUAAACAGAUGAAUAAACUGAAUUUUUACUUUAGAAA